AUGAUGUGGUCUAACUUCUUCCUGCAAGAGGAGGACCGGCGCCGGGCAGCCGUGGGCCGGCGCCGUGCACAGGAACAGCGCAAGCCGGGCCUGACGGCCGCGCGCGAGGGUGCCGUCAAGCUGGUGCUGGUGCUGGCAGCGCUGGGCGCCACGCUGGCCGUGCUGGCCGUGGGCACAGAGUUCUGGGUGGAGCUGAACACCUACAAAGCCAACGGCAGCGCCGUAUGCGAUGCAGCCCACCUGGGGCUCUGGAAGAUGUGUGCCAAGCGGCUGUGGCAGGCGGACGUGCCCCCAGCCAGGGCUACCUGUGGCCCUGCAGAGCUGCCUGGAGAAGCAAACUGCACCUACUUUAAGUUCUUCACUACGGGGCAGAACGCACACAUCUUCCAUCGAACCACAAAGAAAGAGGUGAACCUGGCCGCGGCAGUGAUCGCGGUGCUGAGCCUGGCAGUCAUGGCCUUGGGCUGUCUCUGUGUCAUCAUGGUUCUCAGCAAAGGGGCAGAGUUCCUGCUUCGAGUGGGCGCUGUCUGCUUCGGCCUCUCAGGCCUGUUGCUCUUCGCAAGCGUGGAGGUAUUCCGGCAUUCUGUGGGCGCUCUGCUCCAGGCUGUGGGCCCUGAGCCGCCCCCCGCCCCCCGGCUGACCUAUGAGUACUCCUGGUCCCUGGGCUGCGGUGUGGCUGCUGGCCUCAUCCUGCUGCUGGCUGCUGGCUGCUUCCUGCUGCUCACCCUGCCUGCCCGGCCCUGGGGCUCGCUCUGCCUCAAACGGGGGGACCCAGCCACCUAGAGGUGGGGGGUGGGAGCAUUUGCUCUGGCACCUGCCAACUUUGUCUCUCUCUCUGGGGCCCUCCUCGAAGCCUACCACCCACCUACUGCAGAACUUGUGCCACUGUGGGGCCAUGAUGCUUUCCACACACCAGCCCCACCCCUCAGCCUUUCUCUCUGUAAAGAAGUUUUCCUUGUUGGGCGCCAGUGGCUCAUGCCUGGAAUCCUAGCUACUCAGGAGGCUGAGAUC